AUGACAAGAAUAAAGCUAAGAAAGCUGAGGACGCAUCAGAAAGAAACAAUAGACAUCAAGAUCGGGCACCUUUCAGAGGGUUGCCCCCCGAGGGUUCCUCCUCCCCAAGCAGAGGUCCCACCUCGCCAACAGCGCACCGUGAAUGAGGUCACUCGUUUUGACGAGUACACUCCACUGAACAAACCCCAAGAGGAAAUUUUCCAUUUAGUAAAAAAUCAGCCGUUCUUCAGGGCGCCCGGGAGUUACAGGGACGGGCUGCCUCAACAGGGCCCCAACAAUAAGCUAUGUGAAUACCAUAAUUCUUACGGGCAUUACACCAAGCAUUGUGGACACCUUAAGUACCAAUUGGAGCUUUUAGUACGACAGGGCAAUCUGGACCAGUUCAUAGCCCGAGGCAACGAGGGUCAGGGUGAGAGGCCGGAGCAUAGAGGUGAGCGAAGGCAGGACCAGGGGAAUAACCGGGAUCGCAGGCGAGAGGACAAUCGCGAUAAUCGCAGAGGCGCGGUAGAGGACCAGGCCCUUCCUGACCCACCCAGAAGGGAAGUCCAUAUGAUUUUAGGGGAAAAUGGAACACUGACAUCUAACAGAGCUAAGAAACAAGUUUUGCGGGCAGUGAAAUCAGGAUACUAUCUUAAACAAGUCAUGGGGAUCACGGACACGAUAGAAGAGCCGUCCAUCACUUUCGGGUCAGAGGAUUUGAGAACGCUUAUGUAUCCACAUGAUGAUGCGUUAGUAAUUAAGGCUGACAUAGCCAGUUGCAUGGUACAUCGCGUGUUUGUGGACUCGGGCAGUGCAGUGAACAUUUUAUAUCUAGAAUGUCUUCAGAAUAUGGGCAUCGGGGUCAAUAUAGAGCCUACGAAUGCUCCUUUGUUCAGGUUUGGAGGGGAAAUGGUUAUGCCGGUAGGGUAUGUAGAAUUGCCAAUAACGUUGGGCAAGUCAGACGCGUGCAAAACCAGGAUGAUCCGGUUCUUGGUGGUGGAUAUGCCAAAGCCAUCUUAUAAUGUAAUACUGGGACGCCCAGCUCUGACCGCAUUCAGAGCAGUCAUUUCAAUGUUCCAUCUCAAGAUGAAAUUCCCCGUCGAGGGGGGAAGGGUGGGAGAAGAAUGGGGUGAUCAGACAAUGUCUAAGGAAUGCCAUGUGCGGAUGCUCACGCAUUCGUCAGGACAGAAGAGAGAAAGGGCAGCAGAGGGAUCAGAUACCCACAAGAGGGGGAAAGUGGGCGAUGUUGCCGCUCUGGCAGAGGAACGACAGGAACUGACAAAGUUGCUGAAAGACCAGGAUAGUACAAAAAAAUCCGCUUUAAUAUCCACUAAUGAUGUGUGUAAUAUGAUUGAAUUGUUUCCACGGAAGGAGAGUUUUCAGACCAAGAUCGGGUCCUCAAUGAGUGAACAGGUCAGAAAGGAGUUAAUCAGCUGCCUUCAGAGAAAUGCGGAUGUGUUCGCCUUCAGCACAGCCGACUUAAAAGGGAUAGACAGAGAAUUGGCAGAGCAUUGCCUUAAUGUGGAUCCCAAGAUCAAACCAGUGAAGCAAAGAACAAGGCAUUUCGGCGCUGAGAAGGAUGCCACGAUCAGGGAACAAGUCCAGGGGCUGCUGGAUGCGGGCCAUAUUGAAGAAGUACAAUACCCAGAGGGGAUAUCGAACGCCGUGAUGGUGGCAAAGAAAACAAACACCUGGCGUAUGUGUGUGGACUACAGGGAUUUAAAUGCUGCUUGCCCCAAGGACCAUUAUCCUCUGCAGAGGAUCGAUCAACUCGUGGACUCUACAUCGGGUUGUGCGUUGUUAUUUAUGAUGGACGCAUACCAGGGGUAUCAUCAAGUCAAAAUGAAUAAAGGGGACAUCGCUAAAACGGCCUUCGCCGUCGGUUGUGGGGUGUAUGGCUGGAGGAGUAUGCCAUUUGGGUUGAAGAAUGCUGGGGCUACAUACCAAAGGAUGAUGGAAAAAAUCUUUAAAGAACAACUUUCAAAGAACAUAUCGGUUUAUGUUGACGACAUGUUGGUACGCAAUGUCAGAGCAGAGGAUCACGUCUCUGACCUGGAGGAAAUUUUUACAGUCAUAAGAAACCACCGACUUAUGCUCAACCCAGCGAAAUGCACCUUUGAGGUCACCACGGGAAAAUUCUUGGGCUACAAAGUUACUCCAGCAGGAAUCGAGGUUAAUACAGAUAAGGUCAAGGCCAUUAUGGAUAUGACCCCACCCAGAGGAAUCAAAGAAUGGACGGCGGAAUGCCGAAUGACAUUUGAAGACCUCAAGACCUACCUAGCAGAACUCCCAACCCUGACCAAGCCAGUCCAGGGGGAGGUGUUAUACUUGUACAUAGCGGUGGGGGAAGAACCAGUCAGCCCGGUGCUCAUCAGAGAAGAGGGAAAUCAUCAGAGGCCAAUCUACUUUAUCAGCAAGAUCAUUCAGGGCCCCGAAUUGAAUUAUUCAGAGAUCGAAAAGGCUGCUCUGGCGGUCAUGGUCACGGCUCGGAAACUAAGGCCUUACUUCUUAUCACAUCGGGUAGUAGUGCGAACUGCUUUACCCUUCAGGCAAGUACUAGGGCGACCGAAUUUGUCGGGGAUGAUGGUCAAGUGGGCCGUGGAAUUGGGAGAAUAUGACGUGGAGUAUGAGCCAAGAACGGCUAUCAAGGUACAAGCUCUGGCAGAUUUUAUCCAGGAGACUACUCACCGCCCUGUGCAGGAGUUCUGGAUUACUUUUGUGGAUGGAUAA